AUGGGAAGUGUAUAUCUGGCUAGCUUGGACCCGGUGACCAUGGGAGCUUGUCCUGAAAAGGCGCCAUCCGCUGAUGAGGUGAGGGGGGUUCAGAAGUACGGAUUUUCAUGGCGGAUAUGCCUCGUCCACGGCGUCUUCGUGUCGAUACGACCAUGUCGGACUGUUACAGGGUCGCAGCUCGUCGCGCAUGUAUGCUCGCUGGCAGUGGCAGUCGCUACUGGUGAUGCCGUGGCCAUUCGUCUUGUACAAGCACCUCAGGCACCUCUUCCAGCACCAAUCGUUCUCCCCCUGUUGGCCUGGUAUGGACAGCGCCGGAUUGCUGAUGAUCAUGGUCCUAGCGGCAGCGACGACAGGCGGAACCUUGCAAAGACUGGUGAUGACUUACUCUUUGAGAAAGUUGGCUGGGAUCAGAAUGGUAUUUGCGAGGUCAUCGUGAGGCUGGCCCGUGGCCUUUUUGUCACAAUCGAUUGCAUGAGCGGGCGCGAUGUUCCCACGCCAUCCCAACCUUCGAUCCUUCUCUGCCUAUCGAGGCGUCUCCACACACCCCAGAAAAGGACUGUGGUCUGUGAGGCGCAGAGCAGGGCUAGUGUUAAGCCGUAUUCGAGUCUUGGUUCUCCUGCACCCCACCCACCGCCGGUCGAAACAAAGUCCUGGGGCUGCGAUGCCUGGACCAGCGCCGUUCCCACCAACGCCAGAGCUGUAGCGACCCACCAGGCACCCGAUGACGGUGUGCCGCCCCCUCUUCGGCCCCCCCCUGGCGCAGGCCCUCGGCGGCAAGAGAAGUCUUCUGAAAGGCCCGUGGCGAGAUUUCAUCCGCUCAGUGACCAAGCCAGCCUGAGCCAGACAACAACAGAUUGUCCCAGGCUCUGUCCUGUUGGAAGGAUCAAAACACAUGAUUUCUCGGCCGCGAAAAUGACACGUCCAGAGAAGAUUGAGGCGAGGUCGUGA